CGAUGUCUGGGCUUGUCCAGCAGCCCAUAAAAAUUCUCUCACUAUUUGUUUCGGCCCUUUUAUCCACAACUUCCCCACCACCGCUGCUGCCAGCUGCUACCAAACCGAGCGCAAUGCCCACGUCGCUGACAUUGCCGCUGCCCGCCGUGGGGGCGGUCGCAGCGUCGCCGGUCACCGCCGCAGGGGUAGCGACGCCCCACAGAUCUCGUGCACUCCGCUUCGUCGCGACUCCAGCCGCCACCGCCUCUUCUUCGCCCUCUACUUCCACCUCUGCCGUCUCCAGCGCGCCGCCGUCGGCGAGGCAUUCCCGCAAGGACCUGGCGGGCAGGGACGGCGCCCUGUCGGAGCGCACCAAGCCCCGCGUGUUCUUCCUCGACGUCAACCCGCUCUGCUUCCGCGGAUCCCAGCGCAGCCUCAGCGCCUUCGCGCGCUGGCUCGCGCUCUUCUUCGCGCACGUCAGCCUCCGCGACCCCGUCGUCGCUGUUUUAGACGGGGAAGGGGGGAACGAGUACCGGAGGCGGCUGCUGCCGUCGUACAAGGCUCAUAGAGCUCGCGGCGUCGGCACCGGCGCUGACUCGCGCGUCGUCGAUGUUCUCCGCGAAUGCAAUGUCCCGGUUGUAAGAGUACACGGAUACGAGGCAGAUGAUGUGGUGGCUACCUUGACAGAACAGGUUUUACGGAAAGGUUAUAGAGUUGUCAUAGCAUCACCGGAUAAAGACUUCAAGCAGCUGAUAUCUGAAGAUGUUCAGUUAGUUAUACCCAUUCCUGAGAUUGGGCGAUGGUCUUUCUAUACAUUAAGGCAUUAUGUCGCUCAAUACAAAUGUGAUCCAACUGCAGAUUUAAGCCUUCGGUGCUUCAUGGGUGAUGAAGCCGAUGGUGUUCCAGGAAUCCAGCACUUGGUUCCGGGAUUUGGUAGAAAGACUGCAGUGAAACUACUGCAGAAACAUGGUUCAUUAGAAAACUUGCUAAACACAGCUGCAAUUAGAACUGUUGGCAAGGAUUAUGCUCAGGAUGCCCUUACUAAGCAUGCUGAUUACUUGAGGAAAAAUUAUGAAAUACUUAGCCUAAAAAGGGAUGUAAAUGUUCAGCUUGAUGACAGUUGGUUAUCCACGAGGAACACAUGCAAUGACACCAGUGUUCUAUCUGACUUCAUCCAUAAAUUCAACAUCGAAGGCAGAAGCUAAGGUCUUUCGAAAAAAAGGCAGAAGCUAAAUAGCCAAUAUAAUCGAAUAUCUGGACCAGCUGGAUUCCUCCCUCACAAACCACAUGGUUUAACAAGGAAAGAGGGAUGUGUAAACGUUGAAGGGGGCAGUUCCUGAAAAAUUUGUGUAUACUAUAUCCUUGCUCCAAAGUAGUAGUCAUCACACAUUCUUGCCUCUAAUAUGUGAAUGUGGUAGUCCACCCAGGUUGAAGCCGUGUGCCACAAAGAGGUUUGUAACGACUGUCUUUGUGGUACAUGUUGUCCGGGACAAGCUUGAAGGUAGAUGGAUCUCCUAGAACAAGCUGUAAUGGUGGUACUACUGUGCUCUGAGAUAAGUCAGUACCUUGCCAGAAGAUUCGAUAUUUAGUGUACUUUAUUCUUGGUA